UCUCCUUGUUAUUUUAUAGUGGCUGUCUCAACCUGUGUUAGGGCAUAAAAGUUGUUUGCCAACCGCCAACAACACAAAAAUAAUAAAGAAUAAAGGGUUGCGAAGCGCAUGUGCUGUUGAGGAAAAAGUCACAUGACUGUUACGUUCCGCUUCAGAUUCCGCGAGGCAAGGCUCAAAAUAUCACCAUCCCAAAGCCUCCGUAACAUGGAAACAAGAUCACUGACUGACUGCACUUGAGUUUUAAGGGCUUCUGCCAUGAAGGUGAAAAUAAAACAGUGGAACGGUGUGGCGGCUUGGUCCUGGGUGGCCAAUGAUGACAACUGUGGUAUCUGCCGUGCACCUUUCAAUGGAUGUUGUCCCGACUGUAAGGUUCCCGGAGACGACUGCCCACUGGUCUGGGGUCAGUGCUCCCACUGCUUCCACAUGCACUGCAUCCUCAAGUGGCUGAACUCGCAACAGGUGCAGCAGCAGUGCCCCAUGUGUCGACAAGAGUGGAAGUUCAAGGAGUGAGGUCAUUGUGCGCAGCAGGUGUGCAGUGAACCGAUAUAAGGAACGGAGAACAGAGAUGUAUACGAGAGUGUGUGAAAUAUGUGGAUAUCAAGUGUAACAAGAAACCAUCUAUGUUUUUUUGUAUUUAACUUUUUUAUAUUGAAAAUAAAAUGAUGGCAUCAUUUUCAAUUCAGUGGACUGGGA